CCUAUAUAUACCAGAGCCUUUUUAAAGGUUAUUUUUUCUUCGCUCUUUUCCUUCCUUCUGAAUUGGGUUUGGCGUCGAUUUUGAGCUUCAUUUUCCUUUCUCUGAAUCCCUUCCUAUUCGCUCCUUCUUCAGGUUUUUGGAGCAGACAGCUGCAUUCUCCAAUAUUCCGUUCACGUCCUCGGAUUCUUGAUUGGAGCUUUAAGUCGGAUUAAUUUAUGGAAACCACUGUUCGUUAAUGGACGUUCCUAUCACAUCCAUUCAAGUUGAAAGCAAAAAAAAGAAGAAAUUUCUUUACACUAUUCUAAGCCAAAGAAAAGCAGAGAGAGACAGCGAGACAGAGAGAAAUAAAUCCCUAGUCAUGAAUUUGACGUGGUACAAUUAAUGCACGGUGGCAUCAAUGUCUAUAAGCUGUUUAUUUUCAUGAAUACCACAAUUCUUAGCUGAUAUCAGUCUGUUGCCUGAACAUUCGAUCGCUAGGAACAUGAUAAGAUUUCAGGAGCUCUGCAUUUGAUGGACUGCUUGCCCAGUGGUUGCGACAAGAAGGCACUGAAGAGAUUACUUGGCUGUUACAUUCUACAUAGUUUUUGCAUUAUAAGUUGUGCUACAAAUCUGGAUCCGAUGGACCUGAAGUCAUCCCAUGCUGCUCCUGUUCUUACCGAUCCUGCCCCCAUAAAUAAGUCAAGACUUGGCAUUCAUUCCAGUCUGCUGCCUUAUUCACCUCAACGAGCAGCUUUCUCUCCAGGCCUUCUCCUGAUAGUCCCGAGGAAGAAGACCGGAAUACUUGAUGACUUCCGCACUAGCUGCUGGCUGGAUGCCAUGAAGUCUUCAUCGCCUCCUCCUAAGAAGCUAACCAAGGAUGAGUAUUCAUCUUCUGAUGCUGAUGUUGCGUACAAUGCCUGGAUGGCUAAGUAUCCAUCAGCAAUUGCAUCUUUUGAGCAGAUUGCAAACCAUGCAAAAGGAAAGAGAAUAGCAUUGUUUCUGGAUUAUGAUGGGACACUUUCCCCAAUUGUAGAUAAUCCUGACUGUGCAUUCAUGUCUGAGGCUAUGCGUGCUGCUGUAAAAAAGGUGGCAAAAUACUUCCCGACAGCAAUAAUUAGUGGAAGAAGCCGUGACAAGGUGUAUGAGUUUGUAGGGCUAACAGAACUCUAUUAUGCGGGUAGUCAUGGAAUGGACAUCAUUGGCCCUGUUAGAGAAACUAUAUCUGAUGACCAUCCGAAUUGUAUUAGAUCAAUGGAUGAGCAGGGCAAGGAAGUUAAUUUGUUCCAGCCUGCUGGUGAAUUUUUAUCUAUGAUCAAUGAGGUUUUUAGAUCCCUUGUUGAAUGUACCAAAGAUAUUAGAGGAGCAAAAGUUGAGAAUAAUAAGUUCUGUGUCUCUGUACAUUACCGUAAUGUAGAAGAGAAGAGUUGGACCGUAGUAGCCCAAUGUGUCAAUGAUGUUCUAAAAGACUACCCACGUCUGCGUUUGACUCAUGGUCGCAAGGUUUUAGAGGUCCGUCCUGUGAUCAAUUGGGACAAGGGGAAAGCUGUCACAUUUUUACUUGAGUCACUUGGGUUGGGUCACUCUGAUGAUGUGCUCCCAAUAUAUGUUGGAGAUGACCGGACUGAUGAAGAUGCAUUUAAGGUUCUGAGAGAGGGCAAUCGGGGUUACGGCAUUUUAGUCUCUUCUGUACCCAAGGAAAGCAGUGCAGUUUACUCGCUGAGGGACCCAUCAGAGGUCAUGGAGUUUCUCAACUCACUGGUAACAUUGAAAAAAUCAAGUGCUCUAUAAAUAUUUUAUAGGAUGGCAAAGAAGAUAUUACUCUAACAUACGUACAGUAAAGACAGCCUACAACAACAUGUUUUGAGCUUUCUAGAAUACGGGGGAGAGGUUUUGGAGCUUAGUUUUCGUUUCUUCAGGGGGACUUUAUAUUUGGGUUUUCUUUCUAGUGUUGUUGUGCCUGCCAUAGAUGUUUCUGCUCAAAGCUUCUUGUCUUAAAAAUUGUAAAUUCCUUGCUCUGAUUAUCUUCCCGAUGCUGGCACUGAAGUUGCCUUCAAAUCAUCAUAUACAAGUGUAUCAAUCAUUCAUUAGUCCCUCAGUUUUGGUCAGAGUACAUCUCAUCUCCUUUUGGGGUAUAUUAUGUAUAAUAGAAAGAAAUAUUUUUUAA